AUGUGCUAUGUACUUACUGUUUUCAUCAAGCAAAGUAAUGCUGUAAUCCAUGUUAUUUUGCACUUGCGGUUGCAACAAGACAAACUCAUAGCAACACUUGCUGAUGACAUAGAGAUCAUCAGUACUGCUGCUGCUGCUGCUGCUGCUGCUGCUGCUGCUGCUGCUGCUGCUGCUGCUGCUGCUGCUGCUGCUGCUGCUGCUGCUGCUGCUGCUGCUGCUGCUGCUGCUGCUGCUGCUGCUGCUGCUGCUGCUGCUGCUGCUGCUGCUAUUACUUAA